AUGGGUGAAAAGGACAUCAAAGUAGGUAAUGGUGAUAGCAAUGGUACACCCAGAACAGUCAAGGCAAAAUACUUAAGGGUAGUGCUUACCACUAUACUAUUGUUGGGUGUUGUGAUGUAUACAUGUUGUACCAUACUUCAUCCCACCAGCAUGACAAUUAGACAUCUGCAUACACAGACACAACAAAUCAACCAAGUGGGCUCAAUAAUUGAAGAAGGAAAAGACAAUAGUGUGGUCCCUAACUUUCAAGCAACUAAACAUCAUGAAAAAGACCAAGAGGUAAAGAAGACCGAUGAGGAUGAAAAGAAUCACCACCACAAGCUCGAAUCCCCUACAACCACGAUCGAAGUCAACAAGAGGGCGGACUCUUCUUCGUCGUCGGACUCUGACUCAGAUUCAUCAGAAUCGUCGGAUCUGAAGAGUACUCCAAUUUACGACAGGGCAUGGAUGAGAUUUAUUUUCGCAUUGGGUGGAAUCAUUGUCUUAAACAUGAUCGCCAUAUGCAUUCACCAUUUGUAUAUGAUUGUAACAAGGUCGCAAAACAGGUAUCGAGAAUUCGAGGACGAAAAAUCGCCAUUCUAA